UACCUUGCGAAACCCAGCACAACAUUCCAAUGAAAAUGUUGCAAACAUUCAACACUAUAUUCUAGUUUUACAUGGUUGCAAUACUUUCAUUGAAAUGUCUGUCCUGUGCAAUUUUGAUUUAGAUAUCAAUCGGGUUCAAGGAAAACAUAGGCUACUAUUACAUCUGAUUAUUAUAACAAAGUAAUUGUCCAGCCUAACUGUACCAGUGGAAGAUAUUUUAAGGAAUAAGUGUUGCGCAAAAGCCAACAUCACAUCCAUGGUGGAAAUGUUGGACACAAGAAUGGAACACACAGCAACGAUCCAGCUUCUAUGCAGGGAGCGGGGGAGAAUGGCUAGGCUUGUGUCCAGGUGCUUACGUUUCAGCAGCAGCCGGGCUUUCUCUUUUUUUUGCAGAAUGUCAUCAAUGGCAUGUUUGUUUUCAGGUUUCCAGGGGGAGGAGCGAGGGAGCCCGUUCUUCCUUCCCCAGCCCCACUUCACUGGCCCUUCGGUGUUGUCAUGUUGCUCCGUCCAUCCCUACACUCCGCUCCGUCUGGCUGGCUGGCACGGCGUCUGACUUCCGCAUUCCUAUAGACUCAAAAUAGGGAUCGGUAAAGAAACGGGCUGAUGCAACGAUAUCCACUAUUUAAAAUAUACUCGAAACCCACCGCCGAUUCGAAAAAGGGACAUCUGCAGAACACGGAAACCAGUUCAGCUGUGGUCGUUGGGCGGAGUGACAUGAUGCCGGGCCCGAUGCCUGACCCCGCGGUGGCGGCGGGCGGCUCUCUGCCCGGUCUGGGCCUCCUCGCGGGACUCUCCGCCACCUCGCUCGCCCUCGCCGACCAGCUCAAGUACGCCGACCUGUGCAGCCUGGGCGCCAUGCUCAACCCCCUGCACCUGCUGGGCAAGAGGGCCAAGCGCGGCCUGCCCAUGAAGACGGAGAGGGACGAAGAGGAUGAUCGGAGGAAAAGGAGACGAGAGAAAAACAAAGUAGCAGCCGCUCGAUGUCGAAACAAGAAGAAGGAGAGAACGGAAUAUCUACAAAAGGAGUCGGAGCGUCUGGAGAUGAUGAACUCUGACCUGAAGUCGCAGAUCGAGGAGCUGAAGCACGAGAGGCAGCAGCUGAUCCUGAUGUUGAACCGCCACCGGCCCACCUGCAUCGUGCGGCGCGACAGCGUACAGACACCCGACGCCGACACAGAGACGGGGAUGGAGAUCCCCAACCCCCUGUUGGAGAAACUCAAGGCGGAGGAGGAGGAGGAGGAGGAGGAGGAGGAGGAGGAUUAGGAGAAGGAGGCCAAGCUAUGAGGCGGAGAGCCGGGCCAGGCCAGGCCAGGCCUCCAUUAUGGAGGAGGUGGAGGAGGUGGAGGUGAAGGUGGAGGAGGUGGUGGUGGUGGAGCGGAGCUUAGCUGCAGUAGGAGCCACUCAUUUAGUUCUACCAGAGAUUCUUUAAUUAUAUAGAGAUAUGCCAACAUAAUAGGUUUCUAU